AUGUUUGAAAUCAGAAAAAAGAUCGGAAAAAAUAGGUACGAACCUUACAUAGGACCUGAUGGGCGGGACCCUCGAUAUAAACAAGAAAACACGCGGUUCAACUCAAGACCGAGGCAAAAAGAUACGAGCUCUUCAUCUAGGUUUAGAAAGGAACGGGAUGCACGAGGCAACGAAUCCGGUACACACGCAAGGGCAGGAGAUUAUAGCUUCAACGUCAGCACCUCCGAGUUAGUAUCUAUUUUAAGAGGUAUGGGAGAUAAGGUGCGAUGGCCUAAAGAAAUGAGAUCAGAUCCAAGCAAAAGGAAUCCAGAUUUCUGGUGUGAGUUUCACAGAGAUCAUGGCCAUAGAACAAUAGAUUGUAAACAACUGCAGGGAGAGGUCAAGCACUUGUUGAAGCAAGGUUAUCUAACUGACCUGUUCAAUGAGAAAAGAAGACAAUCAUAUAUGAAGAACAUACAUGAACCCCCAAAACCUCCAUCACCAAAAAGAACAGUUAAUGUGAUAACUGGGGGUGAUGAGGUCAAUGGUGUAACUUAUACAGCUGCAAAAAAGACGUCAAAAAUCACAGUUACUCAUGGGAAGCGAGUUUGCCAAGUCUUGGAUGGAGACAGUAUAACAUUCAAUGAUGAAGAUGCAGACGACUUGAUGAUUCCUCACAACGAUGCACUAGUAAUAUCUUUACUUGUACACGAUACUAACGUAAAGCGAGUUUUGAUUGAUCCAAGUAGUUUAGUAAACAUCAUUUUACUAAGGGUGGUGAACAAAAUGCAAGCUAACGACAAGGUGAUUCCAAAGGCACGGUCCUUGGCCGGGUUUGAUAAUUCAAGUGUUAUCACAAACGGGGAAGUUUUGCUCACCACGUUUGCUGAAGGAGUUGUUAAGGAUACGAAGUUCUAG